AUGACAGAAACAUUUUCAUCCGUGCCGAUCGUCGACUUCGCUCGGUUGAACAACCCUGUGACGAAAGAUGAGGAACUCUCAAAUCUGCGGGAAGCCAUCUUCGUCGUUGGGUUCCUAUAUUUGACCAACACUGGAUUAGAGGUGCGAGUCACAACCAAUGACAAGGAGAAAUGCAACAUGAUUAACUCACCAUCGUUUCUCGGCUAUACUCGCCUCGGUGCCGAGACCACAGCGGCAAAAACAGAUCUGCGCGAGCAAUUUGAUUUUGGCACUCCUGGCGUGAAACCCUGGACAGAGCAGGACCCCUUUUGGCAACGGCUUGAAGGGCCUAAUCAGUACCCAGAUUACCCAGGGGCUCAAGAUUUGGUCGACGAAUACAUUGCGAAGACCGAUAGCCUGGCGCAAGCAUUCGUACGCCUCGUUGCAGAAUGCUUGUCCCUCCCGCGGGAGACCUUUGAUGGUUUCAAGGGUAACAUGAGCCGACUAAAAUUUGUUAAAUAUCCACCCGCAGCGCAAAACUCCCAGGGUGUUGGCCCUCACAAGGACUCAGCGGGCCUGUUUACCUUCCUCUCCCAGGACAACACAGGAGGACUACAGGUACUCAACAAGAAUGGAGAAUGGAUCGAUGUGCCUCCUAUUGAGGGGAGUCUAGUAGUGAAUAUCCAGCAGGGAUUUGAAGCAAUUACUGGAGGAAUCUGCGCGGCCACGACCCACCGAGUCAUCGCGCCCACCUCUCAGACGCGUUAUAGCAUCCCGUUCUUCCAGGGUGUUAGACUAGAUUUGACAUUAGAUCAGCUCAAGGAAUCCGCUGCUCAUAUCGUGCAACGAAUUCCAGCCUCCGACGACAAGAAGAAACGGGCAGUUGAUGUGCCGAGUGAAUUCCUUUCUCCUUUGUACUCUUGCUUCGGCGAGGCUCACUUGAGAAAUCGCAUCCUAAGCCACCCGGAUGUGGGCCAGCGGUGGUAUUCGGAGCUGUAUGCAAAGUAUUCUCAGCAGGUCCUAAAAUAG